GAGCGGGGGGGCUCAGCUCUUCUCCGUGGUUCCCCCCACAGCCGCCACUGCCAUCUCCCAGGGGAAGCAGCAGCCAUGGACGAAGUGACGGAGCUGGAGCUGGGGGGCAACUCCCUGCUGAAGGCCGUGUGGCUCGGGCGGCUGCGGCUGACCCGGCUGCUGCUGGAAGGGGGGGCUUACAUCAACGAGAGCAACGACAAGGGCGAGACGGCGCUGAUGGUGGCCUGCAUCACCACGCACGUGGACCAGCAGAGCAUCCACAAGGCCAAGAUGGUGAAGUACCUGCUGGACAACAGAGCCGACCCCAACAUCCAGGACAAGUCCGGGAAAACGGCGCUGAUGCACGCCUGUAUCCGAGGGGCGGGGGGCGAGGUGGUGUCCCUGCUGCUGGACAGCGGGGCUGACCCCAGCCUGGAGGAUCACUCCGGAGCCUCGGCGCUGGUCCACGCCAUCAACGCCGAGGACAAGGCUGUGCUGCAGCGCCUCGUGAACGCCUGCAGAGCCAAGGGGAAGGAGGUGAUCAUCAUCACCAUGGACACAUCAGCCUCCGGCACCAAGACCGCCAAGCAGUACCUGAACGUCGCCCCUGCGCUGGAGUUCAAGGAGAGGGCUCCCCCGGAGGAGGGCACAGCCCCCUCCAGCGCUCACCCCAAAACUCCCACCUCAGCACCUUCCCCCGCCGAGAAGGAGAGCAGCAUUCUCUCCCCACACCCUUCACACACCGGGGACACCGAGCCGCCCUCCCCGGGCCAGCGGGCUGGCGCUGCCCGGAGAGCCCAGCUGCCCCGGCUGAAGCGGCUGCGCUCGGAGCCCUGGGGUCUGGUGGCGCCCUCGGUGCUGGCAGCCUCGAGUCACCGCGACGACACGCGGGUGUGCGCUGACAGCGAGCUCGUCACGGGCAUGGGCGACCUCUCUCUCUCCAAAAAGCCCUCCCUGACCCGCAGCAGCAGCAGCAAGGGGAGGGACCCCUCUCUGUUCCCCCCUGUGGAUGAGCAGGCACCGGGGCCGCUGGCAUGGAAAGGCACGCAAGAGAAGAGCCCGGGCAGCCACCCGUGCCUGUCCCGGAGCGCCACGGUCCCGGAGGAGCCGGAGAGCAGCAGCGCGGCCGCGGGCAUGGACACCCCGCCCUGGUGGAGGCCAGGCGCCGAGCACAGCGGAGACCCCCAGGGCACCGAGGCGGGCAAGGGGCCCUCGGAGAGGAGGAAGAUGAGCGGGUCGCACCUGGCGCUGCUGGACGGUUCCUGCGGCUCCCCCUCGGGCAGCGCCUGCACAUCGCCCAGCACCGCCCGGCGCCGGCCGCCCGGCCUGCUGGAGAGGCGAGGCUCCGGGACCCUGCUGCUGGACCACAUCUCCCACACGAGGCCAGGGUAUCUGCCCCCCCUGAACGUGAACCCCAACCCCCCGAUUCCCGACAUCGGCUCCAGCAAAGCCCCCUCCCCGCUGGCGGCUGGGCUGAAGGCGCUGGUGCCCCUCGCGCCCAGCUCGCCCCGGCGGGGGGAUCUGAGAGCCCACAGGAAGCUCCUCCGCAGACAUUCCAUGCAGGCAGAGCAGAUGCGACACCUCUCCGACUUUGAGGAGGUCGUGGCGCAGUAGCCGUGUCACCGUUUGUUCGCGGGGAGGUGGCCAAAGCCUCGCUGUCCCCGCAGGAACGGGACGGUCCCCGCACAGAGCGGGCACUGGCUCCGGGGACACGCUGGUGGCCGGGGGGUUCCGCCCUGAGCCCAGGGGUUGAAUCGGGAGAUCGAUCCCCCACCGUCCUCGAUCGCCAAGCUCCGUGCCAAGGAUCCCACCCGCGGUUCACUUACUCCUCACUAGCCGCAGUCCGCUUUUCUUACAUCCCGCUCGUUCUCUCAGCGAACCCCCUCCCGGAGCCCCCGGUGGUGAGCUCUUCCUCUCUUCCAGGAGGGGAAGGGGCGCAGCGCUGCGGAGGCUGAGGAGCGGGGACACGGGCCGGGCACGGAGCGUGCGGGUGCUCCGGGAGAGGGAGACAAUCCUCCACCUCCGAGACUGCCGGGCGCUGCCGAGCUCGGGUGGCUGAGCUCACCGGCCCAGCCGCAGCCUCGUGGGCUUGUCUCGUCUCUGAAGCGUCUGAACUUCAGGGGGUUCAUUCCCCACCUCGCCCAGGAGCUCUGGGUUCAGGAAACGCUGAAUCCCCGAGCAGGGCGGUCGCAGCCCGGCUGCCCUGCCAGCGGCGGGGAACCCGAGAUGCCAAGGCUCCGAGGGUGACCCGGGCUGCCCCCAGGGUCUCAUUCCCCCCGGGAAAGUCGCAGCCGAGACCCCGCUGUGCUCUGAGCCCGGGCAGGGAGCCCCCAGCCCCACCCCCGAUGUGCCGUGACAGGCUCCAUCCCUCCGUGAAUGCGCUUAUUGCGAGACCGCGUGCGCGCCGGGGUGCAGGGGCAGCUGUUGGGGUGACGCCGUGGCCCUGCGGAG